AUGGCGACGGGAGGUGGAGGAGGUGGAGGAGUGAGGCGGAGGAGGAGAGCGGGGCUGCCGGGAAUCUGCUGGAAAACAACCUGCUACUUCCCGCUGCUGCUCUGGGUCGUUUCCGUGUGUGGAGAGGAGAAGACGUUCAUCGUGGAGACCUGGCUGAAGAACUACGGUUACCUGCUGCCUCACGACCUCCGCACCUCCGACCUGCGGCAGGAGAAGGCCAUGCAGUCGGCUGUGGCCGCCAUGCAGCGCUUCUAUGGGAUUCCUGUGACGGGCGUCCUGGAUGAGACGACCAUAGAGUGGAUGAGGAGACCUCGCUGUGGCGUCCCAGAUCAUCCUCACACCAGCCGCCGACAGAGGAACAAACGCUACGCCCUGACCGGACAGAAAUGGAGAGAUAAGAAGAUCUCGUACAGCAUAUCCAACUUCACCCCCAAAGUGGGCGAGAAGGACACGCAGCGAGCGAUCCGACAGGCCUUCACCGUGUGGCAGACGGUCACUCCACUGUCCUUCCAGGAGGUGCCGUACUCGGAGAUCAAGAACGAGGGGAAGGAGGCGGACAUCAUGAUCUUCUUUGCCUCCGGUUUCCAUGGUGACAGCUCUCCGUUUGACGGAGAGGGGGGGUUCCUCGCCCACGCCUAUUUCCCCGGCGCCGGCAUCGGAGGAGACACACACUUUGACUCUGACGAGCCCUGGACGCUGGGCAACGCCAACAACGACGGUAAUGAUUUGUUCCUGGUGGCGGUGCACGAGUUGGGUCACGCGUUGGGUUUGGAGCACUCCAACGAUCCCAGCGCCAUCAUGGCUCCUUUCUACCAGUACAUGGACACGCACAACUUCAAGCUGCCUCUGGAUGACCUGCAGGGGAUUCAGAAAAUCUACGGUAUCCCCACAGCCAUGCUGGAACCCACCAGGCCGCUGCCCACUUUACCUUCUCGACGCACACACUCCACCUCCGAGCGGAAGCACGACCGCCAUUCCCGUCCGGCGCGCCCCCCCGGGGACCGGCCGGCGCUGCCUGGAAACGGCAAACCCAACAUCUGUGACGGCGACUUCAACACCGUGGCCUUCUUCAGACGGGAGAUGUUUGUUUUCAAGGACCGGUGGUUUUGGCGCCUGAGGAACAACAAGGUGCAGGAGGGCUACCCCAUGCAGAUCGAUCAGUUCUGGAAAGGCCUGCCCCCCCGCAUCGACGCCGCCUACGAGAGAUCUGACGGCAAGUUCGUCUUCUUCAAAGGUGAUAAGUACUGGGUGUUUAAGGAGGUCACGGCCGAGCCGGGUUACCCUCACGGGCUGGUGGAGCUGGGCAGCUGCCUCCCCAAAGACGGCAUCGACACGGCGCUGCGCUGGGAGCCGGUGGGGAAGACCUACUUCUUCAAAGGGGACCAGUACUGGCGCUACAACGAGGAGAAGCGCACCGCUGACCCCGGGUACCCCAAACCCAUCACCGUGUGGAAGGGAGUACCGGACGCUCCGCAGGGGGCCUUCAUCAGCAGAGAAGGCUACUACACCUACUUCUACAAGGGGAAGGAGUACUGGAAGUUCGACAACCAGAAGCUGACGGUAGAACCUGGAUAUCCAAAGUCGAUCUUACGCGACUGGAUGGGCUGCGACCAGUCCGACAUGGAGCGCUCCGGCGGCAGCGGGAACCGCGGGGACCGCCAGCUGCCCCUGGACGACGUGGACAUCAUGGUGACCAUCAACGACGUCCCGACCACGGUCAACGCCAUCGCCGUGGUGAUCCCCUGCGUCCUGUCGCUGUGCAUCCUGGUGCUGGUGUACACGAUUUUCCAGUUCAAAAACAAAGGAGUGCAGCAGAACACCCUGGCACAGCACUACUACAAAUACCCCGUUCAGGAGUGGGUAUGACAGGCAAGCAUCCCCCGAGGAGGUCAAAGUUCACAGGUGAAGUGGUUGUCAUGUUGUUGGCUAGCUAAUGUCGGCUACUGGCUAAAAACACUUGCAGAGGAAAGUGGACAGGCGAUGCUAAGAGACGGUACCUGGCUUGAAACUCACGACCGUCUGGUGACACGAGCACUUCUGGGUAAAACAGGAAGAUUCGUGACUUUGUCUUUUUCAAGAGCCGUAAAACAAACUGAGAACUCGUCCACAGAUGCUGGAGGAGGAUGUGAUCUUCCCGAGGACAUGUUUUUUUCAGUCUUGACCUGAUGAUGCGAUACCGACCUUGGACUCCUCGUCUGGGGCCUGCGACACACAGCUCUCCUGCUCAGCGGAAAGAACGAGGACGACGCUCUUCUGAGCCAGACAGCUUGUAUCGUGUGAACCUCUUCAGCUAGGAAGAUGAGAUUUAAUUUAAAAAAACGAAAUGAAUAAAAACAUCACACUUGAAGAUAAAUGUAGGUAGAAAGGCCAUAACAAAGAAAACCAAGGAUUUCUCUUCGUUGUAUGGAAACUGUCAGAGGACAUGUUUCUCUCUCUUAGCACCAGACACAACAAAAACAUUCCCAUCACCAUCAACUCAAACUCGACUUUAAUCCUCCCUCAACUUUUUAAAACCUGUGUAGAUCUACACCAUGUGGCGCGAUGCUGUGUGUAGAGUAGUGAGUCAUCAGCGUAUAGUGAUAGAUUAGCUCAGCGGCCUUAUCUCGAACACGUCUGCUCAUAUUUAAUAUCCACGAGCCGCUCCACGUAAAGCAAUGAAAAAACUUACAUGACAACAAGCGAUUUUUCUUAAAACAGGACCUUUCUUAAACAUGUUUCAUUAAUUGUACAAAAUAUCUUAAUUGAUGAUGAAAACUGUGUCGGCUGAUAGGAAAGUGGUAGUUUUAUCCCACUGUUUGCAUUUUAUUCAUAUAUGUAAUAGAAUGUUGCACCACACUUUUUUAGAAUUUAGUUUCUAAUUCAACCAAUUUCUUAUUUAAUUCCUAUUUAUACAUUCUGAAUAUAUUCGAUUGUUAAUUUUACAUGUUUACUGUUAAUUGAGAUAUCGAGAAUUUAACUCAAGUAAAAAGAAGCGUUUGAAUAAUUACGAGUACACUUGUUUUUGGAGAAUAACAUAUCACUGAGUGAACAGUUUAUUUCUUUUUUAACAAACAGCUCAGCAGACGAAGUGUAAAUCCUGACGUCUGAUUGGCUCGUUCCGCUCGGGAGCUGCUCUUUGACUUUGCUCUACGUUACCUUGUUGUAAGUAGCAGGAAGUGGUUUGAUAAAUGUGUCUUAAAGCUCACAGGAACUUUUUUAAUUGUUAUACACAUGUUUUUUUAUCACAUUUCAGUUUGAGUUUUUAUGCCUGUAUUUAUUUGAAGUAUUGUAAAGCUGCUUUCAUUCGGAGGCGUGAACCUAAACGAGAACAUGGCCGACCGUGACGUGUCAUUCAUUUAAAACUUCACCGAUCGAUGGGACAUUUUCAGUUUCAGUCAACAUGCAGAAUAAACUUUUACUACUUGAUAGUUUUAAUGUUUUUUUACCAAAUUCAGGCAGAUACACUUGACUUUGAUUUGCUGUUGUUGUGUGACAUCAAACAAUCUGAGUGUUUACCUCACACUGAUUUAGACAUUAUUCAGAUUAUGAUGUUUACGAGAUUAUGAUUUGCUCGUAGAAUAUUCCAUCAUAUUUCUGUUCAUGUUACAAAACACGACGUCAUUAGUCCGACGUUCUGGCCAGAAUUUUAAAACCCGACCUGAAACUAUUGAUUCCACGAUGUGAAAAUUACGGUUUUGGGUGAUUUUCUUUAUAAUUAAUCAGAAGAUGCUGUUUAGAUGUCGGUGUCUUAUUCCGAUUGUGGUUUUAAUCUGGUUAAUAUCUGAGUAUUGGUGUCCAUGGAAUCGGGUGUGCGACCUCCGACCUUCCGUUGUUCAUCCUUGAGUCCUUGAGUCCUUGAGGUUGUAAGAUCGGGUCUUGUGAGUUUCCUGGAACGUUCAUAGUGUUCACAAAGAAAACGGCUCGGGAGGAAUUGGCGAAGCGGAGGAAGAGGUGUAAAGAGACGCUGGAGGGAGAGGGAGGUGGAAUAGAGCAGCGUCUGGAUCCAGGGCGAGAGAGUCUCACACAGAGGACACGUGAGUAUUAGUAUUCAGAAACAUCCACCAGACUUAAUGAAGUCACUGCUGUUCACAAAGACACACGUCCCUCACUUGAAUCCCUCUGUCCUCACUCCGUCCUCUUGUGAUUGUCCCCGUCCCCUCGGCCCCUCCCUCUUCACGUACCUCGUCUCCUUCAACGUCUUUACAUCAACACGACACAACUUUAAGGACAUUUUGUCGUGAGCUGUUUUGGAAGAUGACUCCAGUGUCUCGAUGGUGUUUGGUUUCAUCGUUUGACACAGUUCAACUUGUGAUUUACAUCAAUUCAAGGUUUAAAAUACAACAGUUGAUUUAAAUCGCUCAGGUUUGAGUUAUUUUCACAUUGUCAGAGGCACAAUAAAGAUUUCCUAUAGUCACAGACGUACGAGGAUUAGAGGACGAAUGGUUUGAAGUAACGGAAACAAACGAGGAGAAUCUUUGGUGGAGCGGUGGAACAGGAAACGCUCUGGAACCAGUGGCUCUUUAUGGGAGUGAGUCAUCGAACCACUCUUCACUUUAGCUUCUGAAAAAGCAGCUGCUUGAUUUAAAUACACAAGCGUCUCAUUUAAAAGUCAUAAUGUGACUCAUGAUGGUUCGUUCAGGGGCCACUGAGCUCCCUAGAGAACCCCCCCCCCCUCCUGCAACCCCACCGCCCACUCAUCCACGAGGCCGGGAAUCUCUGUUGUGGGUCAUCUCAGGACGACUCAUCGCUGAGUCAUCGUUAUGCUCAUGAAACCAGAUUUUGAUCCAUGAAUUAUUCCCUGAGAGAUCAAAGAAAAUGUUGAAAAACUUUUAAUUAGGAAAAAAACUUAACUUAACUUAAAUUAUUAGUUGUAAUACUUCGACUUUACCGUCAUAAUGUUACGACUUUUUCUCAUUAUACUAACAUAAGAUUUUUCUUCAACAUCGUUCAGUGUCGAAGUUGCAGCUUUUGAUCUGCACCGUCUCUCUCCAUCUCUCUCUCUCCUUCUCCCUCUC